AUGCCAGGAAAUAUUGGUGAUAACAGCUUAGGUAAUAACACGCUCGCAAAGAAAUUUGGCGUAGAUGUGUUCGCGGCUGCUUUAGCGGCAUUUAUUGUUUCUCCGUUUAUAACGAUAAUUGAUAGGUCCAUCAUUGAAAAUGCUUCAGGUCGUGCCACCCUCAGUACAUCCCUGAAAAAAGGUUUUCAUAGUCUGUUUUCUCGACCGUUCGCCUUCAUCCGCACACCUUCUUUCCUCCUUGUUUUUGGUGUCUACAGUGCGACCUAUUCAACCGCAAAUACUAUCGACACUAUAUGUUCAUUUGCCUCCCGCGACAGUCAAACACCAAAGUUCAUCGGCACCACGUUAGUCAACCUGUCUACCUGUAUUUACAAAGAUCGCGCCUUUACUCGUAUGUUUGGAAUGGUCGCACCAAAAGGCCUUCCGUUAGGUACCUAUGGCCUUUUCGCAGCUCGUGACUCUUUAACCAUAGCAGCAAGUUUUAAUUUGCCUGAUGGUGUGUCCGCUCGCCUCCGAGAUUCUCAGUUUCUCAGGGAUCACGGUGUCCCGAUAAGUUAUGAAACGUCACAGAACGUGGCACAAAUAUUAUGUCCAGCGAUAAUGCAGAUUUUUAGUUGUACAUUUCAUUUGCUAGGAUUGGAUUUAUAUAAUCGGCCAAAGAUGAGUUUGAAUGAGAGGAUAGAGUUCUUAAAAAGGAUAUACGUAAAGACAGCGAUAACGCGAAUUGCAAGAAUUGGACCGGCGUUUGGGAUUGGAGGUGUAGCGAACAGAAUGAUUAGAGAAAGAGGGAACAGCAUGAUUAUUGGCACGGGCGAGCGUCUAAUGGCAAAGAGGGGUGCUACUGUCACAGCUGUGGCAGUAUCAAAGGGUCCGGGUACCGGGGUACAUAGUAUUGCCAAGGCACUUUCGGGAAAUCGAUAA